CUUCGUUUUUCAUGUCUCAACAAGGAAAACAUGUAGCAUAUUCCUCUAUAUGUCAAAAGGAACGUGAUAUGUCGUCGCUGCGCGUGCAUAAAUCCCUAUGUGUUUUUAAUCUGCUUUUCAAGAGAAACAAAAAUCUAAUUAAGUAUCUCAAGAUAAUUGUGUUAGAGUUAUUACAACAUAUUUUUGUAUGGCAAUAGUAAUAGCAAAUUUACAUAAUUUAGCUUUUCCUUCGCUGUUUAUUAAUAAUAAAGCUAGGAAAAAUAAAAAAAAAACUUUAUAUCUACUGUACACAUAGCGUUUUUUAUUAUAGACCUAAAUACUCGCUAAGUGUCAAUAGAGCACAAAGCGAAAAAUAAAAUAGUACAAGCUAUUUUGCCUCACAUAGCUAUUAAAUGAAACACCACUUUGUAAGAGGAUCACAACAUUUAUUUAGGAAAUAUAAAUUAUUAUGUACUAAUGAUACGAAAUAUAAAAAUAACAAUAAACAUACCUACUUGCGCUGUAGCAUAUUUCCAAAAAUGAAACAUAAAAAUAUUUUUUUUUAUGUAAUUGAUCGGCAAACGAGCAGACGGAUUACCUGAUGGUAAGUAAUCAGCGCUGCCCAUGAACACCCGCAACGGAGGAUUUACGAGUGCGUUGCCGACCUUUUAGGGAUUUGGAGAUUUAGGGAUUGAGGAGGGAUUGGGGGUGGGGAAGGAUUGGGCCUCCGGUAACCACACUCACACGUUGAAACACAACGCUAUGGUUGUUUCACGCCGGUUUUCUGUGAGGCCGUGGUAUCACUCCGGUCGAGCCGACCCAUUCGUGCCGAAGCAUGGCUCUCCCACACUUUAAUGAGAUCAAUUGAAGACAUCAAUGAGAUCAAUUGAACAAAGUUAAUUAGGUAGCUUGAGGUACAUACUUAAGGAAAAAAGAUAUUAAAAAAGUCAUACAAAGUAAAUUAAUGAUUCAAAUUAUAUAAUAAUAAACAUGAUAGUCUCGAUGCAUAUGUUGCUUCAGACUCUGGAGACUGUUAAAUUUAGUUCCCUCUAUCUUAAUGGGGCUGUUAUAUAAUCUUGCAGGGAGCUCUAGGCUGUCUAGUGUCUAGUUGUAUUUGUGGUAAAGCUUCCCAUUCAUCCGAAUGGCGAAGUUUAUAUUUCACUUCACCAUUGAUGUAAAGAAGACUUUUAAUAUCAUUGACAGUCGCAUCUCCAGCCUUUCUGCCUGGUCUUAUUGUAGAAAAAAAUCCAUGUAUUCUUCAUAAUUUUGAAGAAAUUGUAGUCAAGGUAGUUGAUAAUGUAGGGCUGAGAAGGCCUACAGUCUCUCAUCCUUGACACGUAAUCGGUAGGAGAGAAAGUUGGCGCUUUGAAUUUUUUCUCUAAUGUUACCACAUUAGACAGUGUCUAUACCAUAGACACUGUCUACCUCCAUCGUCGUAUGCCCUUUUUUAGAAUAAUCUGCUCAAUGGUGAACUCUGUUAUAGCACUUAAAUUUGCUAAGGCACUGCAUAAAACCUUAUUUAUUUUGAUAUGCACACCCAUCAGAAAUCAUCAUAACUUUCUUUUUAUUGUAGCAAUAUUGUUCGAUAAAGUUUACAAUGCAACUUGUUAUAUUAUUUGCUGUUACUCCUCCUUCACCUUCAUGCCAGACAUAUAAAUACAAGUCUUUAGUAUUUUUUACAUAAAAUGUAUAAUUGUGAAGUCCUAGCUUAAUUUUAUAAUACUGCUCUGAUACCAGAAGCUUUGGACAUAGAAGCACGCUUUGCAUAUCCAUCCGUUUAGCAAUGCGUUAGAAUAUAUGUACACAGAUUAUUAUUGUAUGCCUGGAUAUAGGUAUGCUCAAUGUAUCAGAAAGUUUCGAGAUAAUUUCAUGAACUAUUGAAGCCUACUGUGUAAAGUGAUACCUAAAAUAACAUCCUGUUGACAUUACUUCAACUUUAAAAGUUUGAAAUGAAAUGGAUAAACAUUAAUUUAGACUAAAAAAAAAAAACAGACCCAAUAUCAUACCCUAGGAAACCUUCAUUUUUAUCCCAGAACCCUGUUUGUUAAUAGUACCGUUUACAUGAACCUUUAUACUAGCUAGCCUAUCAUUUAAGUGUGAUUUCAACAGACGGAGCGGAGUGUUUCUUAUCCGGUAAAGUCACAUCAGCAAAACUGUCUAAAGAUUAAUGUGAUCAAAUGCUUUGGAGACACCAACAACAUCUUGGGCUUCAUCACGAGCACUAAAUAUUUUCUUGAUAAAAAAUAUUAAUUGUCUAAUAAAUAAAAAAAUAUAGACACUGUCUUUGAUAAAUGAGACCACAAUGAGACAGUCAAUUGUGUAGUAAGUGUCAGUUUAUAUACUAAACAAAACACUAUGAUAUAUAAAGCUAAUUAAUACGUGAUUGUGAAUAUAUUAAAUAGGUACUUACUUGAGGAAAAACUUGAAAUUAUUUGUUUAUACUUAGAUUUUUUUAUUUCUAAUUUUGUGUUCCAAUCCUAAUGCGGUUCACAGAAUACGUCAACUAGUCGUAGUCUUGGCGCGAGCGUGAGAGAACGGGACAGCUAGCAGUACACUAUUAGUGGCUCGCUCGGCUGGGCGGUGAGGCGCGGGCGGGCGGCCAGAGUACGGCGGGCAGCGGGCCCGGGGUUAGUGGCGAAGAGCGCGGAGCUUGCGCGGGCGCGCGAUCUGUCAAUGUUAUUUGUGAGUAAUGUGUUGUGCGGCACUCGGGUUCCAAGUGAAUUGCCUACUUCGCUGGUCAGGCGAAUCAUUCAAAUUGAGAAAAAUACUGUGUGAACGAAGUGUGAAUGGAUGAUUGUGGUUUUUGUUGCGACGAACACGGUACCAAGAGUAAAUAAGGUCCGGGAUGUGUGCAGCGACCACGCUGAUGCUGCUGGCGGCGCUGCCGGCGCUCACAGGACAGGGCGGGUGGUGUGCAGAGGGCGAGGUGGUGGCGCUGGAGGGCGAGGGCCCGGCCUUCGCCCCGCAGCAGCAGACGGCGGUGGUGGCCCCCGCGGGGCACGCCGCCACGCUCGACUGCCGCGUGCUGCGCCUGCGUGACAAGUCGGUGUCGUGGGUGCGGUCGCGGGACCUGCAGAUCCUGUCGCACGCGGGCACCGUGUUCACGGCGGACGCGCGCGUGUCUGCCGCCGCGGCCGGCGCGCGACACUCGCUGCGCAUCGAGCGCCUGCGCCCCGCCGACGCGGGCCGCUACGAGUGCCAGGUCAACACCGAGCCCAAGAUGAGUCUCUUCUUUAACCUCACUGUAGUAGACGAGCCGGUGCCGGAGGUGGUGGUGUCGGUGCUGGGCGCGGCGGAGGUGGUGGGGCGCGCGGGGGGGACGGCGACGCUGGCCUGCGAGGCGCGCUACGACCCGCCGCCGCGCCAGCUGCCGCUGCCAGAACUCGACAUUCGUUGGCUCAAGGGAAAUCAGCCCGUCAGUCUACAGUACAUUCCCCUUAAUCUUGUGGACCAAUAUUGGUGGGGGAAUAUUGGUAGUACCGGUACCAUGCAGGCACACAGUAACGGCGUUGCCCCGGCACAGAGCGCGCGCGGCGUGGCGCUGGACACGGAGCGGCGCGCGGCGCGCGUGCGGUCGCGGCUGACGCUGGGCGGGCUGCGCGCCGCCGACGCCGCGCGCUACUCCUGCAGCGCCGCCGGCCGCGCCGCCACGCUCACGCUGCGCGUCCAACAACUCCACGACGGUCAGGGAUCGAUAUUAUAUAAUAAUCAACACCUAGAUGUCUCGGAAAGCAUGGAGUAUUCAUUACAUCGAGCUUAA